CCGCCGCUGACUAAUCGAGCGCAGAGCUGACUCCACCCUCACUGGAUGCGACGGCGGUAUCUGCCCCAGGAGUGAGGGAAAAUGACGGAGAAACUCUCCAAGAGUGUGAAGAUUGCUCCGGGAGCAGUGGUGUGUGUGGAGAGUGAGAUCAGGGGAGAUGUGACCAUAGGCCCCCGGACGGUGAUUCACCCAAAGGCCCGGAUCAUUGCGGAAGCUGGGCCAAUCGUGAUUGGGGAGGGUAACCUCAUCGAGGAGCAGGCCCUGAUCCUCAAUGGGUAUCCUGAAAACAUCCUCCCUGACACAGAGGACGUGGAGCCCAAGCCCAUGGUCAUCGGCACCAACAACGUGUUUGAAGUUGGCUGUUACUCUGAAGCCAUGAAGAUGGGAGACAACAAUGUCAUCGAAUCCAAAGCCCACGUUGGGAGGAACGUGAUCUUGACCAGCGGCUGCAUCAUCGGGGCCUGCUGCAACCUGAACACCUUUGAGGUGAUCCCCGAGAACACCGUCAUCUACGGGGCCGAUUGCCUGCGCCGGGUUCAGACGGAGAGACCUCAGCCCCAAACCCUCCAGCUGGAUUUCCUGAUGAAAAUUUUGCCCAACUACCACCACUUGAAGAAGACCACGAAGGUGAUCACAGCCCCCACCAAGAGCUGAGCGGGCAGCGGCAGCCUUGGGAUGCGGCCCCUGGGGAGGCCGCGAGGAAGGAAGGCCGCCUCUUUGGCCGUUCUUCGUGUUUACACGGUCCCUCCUCGGCGUUUCCUCACAGGCUUUGUCAUUGCCGCGAUAACCCGUCUUGUAGCUAGGUAGCUGUGUGUGCGCCCUUAGAGCUGGGGCCUCGGCCCCCAGAAGCCCAGGCGCAGGAGGGCUCCGCGUGUGGCCCGUCCUUCACCCAUCCUCCCUGGCUAUAAUUAAGGUGACCCUCCAGGCCUGGUGUGAGUUCCUGUGUCUCCUGUGUCAUGGCCCGAGGCCCCCGGAUGGCUCCCGGAGGCCUUUGCCCCUUGGGGGCCCGUGGGCCUGCCGGGGAGGGCCCUUCUGUGUCUGCCUCAGUGCUCCCACCCCAUCGUCCUGUGACCCCCUUCUAAUAGGCACUGAAUACAGAAAUAAAGACGGCGGUGCAGGUGGAUCGUUCACAUGGCUGGCUCCACCGCGAAUCCUCCUCGAA